AGGAAGAAGCCUUCUGGACCAAAAAGCAACCCAAGCAAGAAGCGGUUCAAAGGAAAUUGCUACAACUGCGGGAAAGCUGGACACAAAUCUGCAGAUUUUCGUGCUCUAAAGAAAGACAAGAAGAAGGAUCAAGCAAAUAUGGUUGAAAAGCAUGAGGAUAUUGAUAACUUAGAAGCGUUUGCUACAUAUGCUCCCGAUGGACCCGAAGAGAUACUUUCUAUCAAAAAUUCUGCAAUGGCCAAGAUUGAAGGAUGUGGCAAGAUAUUUCUGAAAAUAACUUCUGGCAAUGUGGUGACUCUGAACAACAUCCUUCAUGUUCCUGAAAUUAGGAAGAACUUAGUCUCUACUGCACUCUCAUCAAGAACGGGUUUAAGUGCGUAUUUGUAUCUGAUAAGGUUGUAA